AGAAGCUCAUUAAGGGCCUCCAGGAGGACAGCGCAUCAAUUGGCAGGGCCCUCCAGCUUCCUCUCGGCCUUUUUAAGCCUCCCUCCGCGGAUUUAACCCACUCACCGGCCGACUAACGUUAGAAAUGGACUCAAUUUAGAGCAAGAAGGGACAUGAAAGAUGUCGCGCUGUGAGGAGGCAUAGGCGACUUAUUAAAACAGCAGGAAGGGCCCUUGGACUUGAGCCAAAUAGGAUCUCACCCUGUCGUGCUCUGACCGGAUUUGGAGAAGUUCGGAUUUACCUGUUGAGAUGCUCUCCUGCUUUGGUCUCUGUGUCCGGUGACUGAUUUCAACCAGUCCUGAAAGCUGUGUGUGUGUUUGGUGUCAGACAUAUAAAAGUGACAUAUUCUCUGAGAGGCUGCAGUUUGGGACCGAAUAUUGAGAUGCAAGUAGACUCCAACUUACUACAUUUUGUCAAUGACAUGAACCGGAUGGAGUUUCCGCAAAAGUGCACUUUGGGACCGAAUCAGCAGGUGGAUGAUGACGCAUCCAGCCCGAGCGACCAGACGCGGCUGAGCGACUCGCCCUGGAGCGACCUGGAAAGCGGCGAGCGCACCGCGGAGCUCUGCACCGAGCAUCUGGUGAUGGGCGCACCGAGGUACUACAGCCGCGGGGCGCACGGGCAUCACGGCAGGGCCAAACGGAGGAGGAUCAUCACCGUGGUCCAGCGGCAGGCGGCCAAUGUGCGGGAAAGGAAGCGGAUGUUUAGCCUGAAUGAGGCGUUUGAUGAACUGAGGAGGAAAGUUCCCACAUUCGCCUACGAGAAGAGACUGUCCCGCAUCGACACGCUGCGUCUGGCCAUCGUCUACAUCUCAUUUAUGACGGACCUGCUGGAGAACACCUGAUUUAAAGGAGCCCAAUGUGAACUUUAUUCCUUGGAGACUUUGGGUUUGAUAUGAAAUGGCUGAACUGAUGAAUUUACAUUCAUGUUAACUUUCUGCAAACUGGGGGUCAGUUCCUGAAAUAUUAGAACUAUACAACAAACAAAUAUUUAAAAACUAUACAGAGUUUUUUACAUUUCAAUAACUCUCACCUCUCAGAAAAGUAAAGCGGUGACAUCAUGAUUUAAUUUUGCCAAUGACCUGCUAAAUUAUUGGACGUGACCUAAACCAGCCGAGAGCAACUCCUCCAAAUAUUUCUCUUAAUAUAUGUGACUUUUUGCUGCUUUUAAAUAAAUCUAUAUGCUAUAAUAAUUUGUGUUCUUCGCUGUGCACUAAAGAAAACAACAUAACAUGUCAUUUAUAAUUUGGCCAGACUGUAAUGUGCACAAUCAAUACUCCUAAAUGCAUUUGUUUCGUAUUAGAAGGAUCCAUCCAGACUGAAACAGUAAUAAUAUAAUUUUCAAUAUAAGCUAUACAUUGUAGGUAGGUUUCUAUGGACAUGGGCGGAUUAUGAGACAGCACCCCUGUGAGCACAGAUAUGCAAAAGGCCCCACCACCUCUCCUACAUAGGGCUCAACCAAUUAUUAUCGAAAUCGCAAUAUCCAAAUUUCAGGAGCUGCUGUUUUUUGAUAAAUAUAAAAAAAAUGAGUCACACCAAAACCAUUACAAGAAGCACUGUGGUCUUACAGAGAUGAUCCGGCCUAAAAAUCAGAUGUCCAAAUGGUACAGACCCCAGCAAAAAAUACGUCAUACUUAUUUGUUUACAUUUUCUGUCAAUAUGAAAUGCAAAACUUACAAUUCCCACUAAACUGUGACUCAUAUUGUAAUCACAACAUCUGUCAAGAUGAUAUUUAUUUAUGGUAUAGUUCCUUUGCGUCUCCUUUCCUGCAUCCUGCAUCUCCUUGUGGUCACUUGGGGUCUCUUCCUGCUCGGUAGGUGUUAAUUUGAGUGACAUUUUGCUGGGUCUGUGCCUGACAGGACUGCUCAGUGAUCCAUCCAUGUCUGUGCAACGCUGACGCGUCAGGUGUGUUAUUUCAGCACCUUGGAGAGCGGCACAGCCUCACCUGGCCUGAUUUUGAGCAGGUGUGGCUGAGGACAAGGAUUUAGAUUUAGGCUUUCCUCAAAAGAAAAAAAAACGAACAAACGAUAGAAAGAUUUAAAAUCCUUAUCAAGUAUGUCACGUGCAAAUGUGUUAAGAUUCAGGGGAUUUGAAUCACAAAUCAUUGCGUGACGCUGGAUGUUAUCUUUAACACAGAGGUGUAAAUUGAGUCAGCUCAGGGGGAUCCAGGCCCGACAGGCGCUUGUGGCGGCUCCUCCUCAUAAAAAGGGACCAGUGUGUCAUCCUCCCUCAUCAGAGGUGAGGCCUCCCUGUGGAUAACUCACACCACAGACCACCUUCAGAAGUUGCCAGAUCCAGUUUCAGCCACAUGUAGAGGUAUUCAUGCUGGAUCGUGAUAUUAUAUCGUGGCAGGCCCCAGAGCUGGGUGGUCAUGUGUGCGUGUUUAGUCUCUCUGUCUCUCUUUCUCUCUCUCCUCACAGUCCAUCUUUAUCACCUCCCGUGUUUGCAUUGAGCCCCAGCCGUACACCGCCUUUGGCGACCCCGCUGUGCGCACGGAUCCGCCCUGAGAGCUCCCUGGGCCGGGCCGUCUUUUAAACCUGAGCCGCGGUGUCCACAUCCCUGCGGGAGGCAGACCCAUUUAAGCGCAUACCUCAACGCGGGGCCGCUGACGGGAAAAUAAACACCUCGGUGUGCUUACGAGCAGUGACCUCCUGCUGUGACAACCUCCUGUGUUUCAGUAGGUCUGAUAUUUUUCACCGCCACCACUGCUCCCAUCUCAGGCGCUGUCUAGACCUGUACAGGGAGAACUGAGGCCUGCAACAGACAGCAGGCAUGUGCAGGAAUUUAUGUCAUCUUCUCAUUGUUUUUCAUUUAUUUGCAAAAGGAUAUAAAUACAAGCAAAUCCAUGUUGAAGUAGUGCAACUUUUAAAAAAGGACUUGGGAAUUAAACAAACAACCAGACGUCUACUUUCUU